AUGGGGAAUCAUAGGGGUUUGAGGCUCCAUCUCAGUUCUGUAUGUGCUUUUCUAUUUGCAGGAGCCACAUAUACUUCUACUUGUUUUGGUGAUGGAAAUACCAGUUUCACUAUUUGCUCUGAGAAAGAGAGACUUGCUCUUCUCAAGUUCAAAUACAGUGUUGAAGAUCCUUUUGGAAUGUUGUCAUCAUGGGUUGGCAAUGACUGUUGCAGGUGGGCAAGAAUCCAGUGUGACACUAUCACUGGAAAUGUGGAAAGCCUUUAUCUUAGAAGAGAUGAAGCCUACUUGUAUGGUAAUGAGGUGAAGUCUUCUUUGGCAGAGUUGAGGCAUCUCAAACACUUGGACUUGAGUUGGAAUGAUUUUCAAGGAAGUCGGAUCCCUGAGUUUAUUGGAUCCUUGAAACAGCUGACCUACCUCAAUCUCUCUCAUGCUGGAUUUGAUGGUAUUAUUCCUCCCCACAUUGGAAAUCUUUCUAAUUUAAAGGUUCUUGAUCUCAGUUCAAACUAUAAGCUGAUGGCUGAUGAUAUGGCUUGGACUUCUGGACUUUCCUCACUUGAGCAUCUCGUCUUGAGUUCGGUAGAUCUUGGAAGAGCACAAAACACGGGAAUGGUGUUUUACAUGAUUCCUUUGUUGAAAGAGUUAAGUUUGUCAGAUUGUGGACUUUCCAAUGCUAAUGUUGGUCCUUUUCUUAAUUCUAGUAGAAUACUUCCCAACAUAAAACACCUUGAUCUUGGCUUUAAUUCUUUCCAAGGUCCACUCCCCGGCUUUUUCCAAAACAUGUCAUCCCUAAAAUUCCUCGAUCUUUCUGAAUUUAAUCUUAGUUUGUCCUGGAACUUUGCAAACCUGCUAAACUUGAUCCCUUCUUUAUCAGAGCUGCAUUUGUCACGUUGUGGACUCGGUAAAGAACAUCUUUCUUCCCUUCGUCUCAAUUCCAGUACACUUUCUAACAUCCAACACCUGGUUCUUAGCGAAAAUUUAAUUGAAGGAACAUUUCCAUAUGUUUUCACAAACAUGAGUUCCUUAGGAGUCCUUGACCUCUCACGAAACAUGCUGAAAUCAUUUGUUCCUAUUAUGCCUAACCUUCUAGAUCUCGAUCUUUCUCAUAACCAGUUUAAGCAGAUUGAGGAUCUUGGAAUCUGGAGACAGUGUCACCUAAAACAAUUGCAUGCAUCAGGUAAUGAUUUUCAAAUUGAAAUGAUUGACUCACCAAAAAACUUAUCAGAAUGCUCCCAAUAUGCUUUGGAAUGGUUGGAUUUAAGUUUAUCUCCAAAUGGAACAAUUCCAGAACCACUUGGAAGACUAGCUAAUUUAAGAGGGAUAGAUCUAUCAAGCAGCAGGUUGAUAGGCCCAAUCCCUGAGUCUGUAGGAAGAUUAAGAUAUUUACAAGUGUUAGAUCUAUCUGAAAACCAGCUAAGUGGUCCCAUUCCUACAUUCCUUGGGAAUCUUUCCAUACUUGACCUUUCUUUUAAUCAGUUGAACAGUUCAAUUCCAGAAUCCUUUGGAAACCUCGCAGCUUUAUCAUAUUUGGAUCUAAGUUUCAAUCAGUUAACGGGCCCCAUCCCUGCAUCUCUAGGAAGACUUGUUUCAUUACGAGCAAUUUUGUUGGGUUCAAAUUUCUUGAAUGGGACUAUUCCAGUUUCAUUUGGGCAACUUUCUAAACUCCGUUCUCUAAAUUUAUAUAACAAUUCUUUAGAAGGAGUAGUUUCUGAAGCCCAUUUUGCUAACCUUUCAAUGUUGGAAGCCUUGGAUGCUUCUUUUAACCCCAAGUUGACGUUUAAUGUUUCAUGUGACUGGAUACCUCCAUUCCAAUUGGCAGAUCUUAGACUCAGUUCUUGCGCUAUUGGAACUGAAUUUCCGCAGUGGCUUCGAAGUCAAAGGAAUCUUGAUGCGUUGGACUUGUCCAAUGCUACAAUUUCGGGACCUCUACCCAGAUGGUUGCGGAAGAUACCCAUCAUUCGCUACUUAGAUCUCUCUCACAACAAACUCAGUGGGCCUUUGACAAACCUUCCUAAUGGGGAAACAUAUCGUCGGUAUGGUUAUGUACCGUUAUUAUUACUCGAAAACAACUUUUUCAAUGAAUCGAUUCCAAGGUCAAUAUGCAGAAGGACAAAUUUGAAAUUUCUUGAUCUUUCCAGAAAUAGGUUAACCGGUAAAGUUCCAAAGUGUCUUGAGAAUCUGCAUAUGUUGCUUACCAUGAUACUUGGCUCAAAUCAGUUGUCUGGUGACAUUCCAAGUUUUGUAGGUCUUAAUUCGUUACAAACAUUAAAACUGAAUGACAACAACUUUGUUGGUGAACCUCCUCGAGCAUUAGGGAAUUUACAAUAUUUAGGUAUCCUAGACGUGGGGGAUAAUAAAUUGUCUGGAAAUGUACCGGAAUGGAUCGGAGAACAGCUUACAUAUUUGAUAGUUUUGAGGUUACAUAGAAAUAACUUCACUGGAAAUAUUCCAGAGUCUUUGUGCAAAGCUGUAAAUCUUCACAUUUUGGAUGUUGCACACAACUACUUACAAGGAACCAUCCCUAGUUGUUUAAGAGAGUUGAUUGCCAUGGUUAAUAGCAAUUUUGGGGUGAUUGAUGACUCUCCGGCUUAUGAGAUGGAAGUUGAUGACUAUGAGGAGUAUGUUGAUCAGGUCGUGAAAGGUGUUGAUCUUGAAUAUACAAAAACUUGGAGAAUGGUUUAUAACAUGGACCUUUCAAGCAAUCAACUUGUUGGAGAAAUACCUGUUGAGUUAACUGCACUUUCCAAUUUGGUGGGUCUCAAUUUGUCUAAUAAUCAUCUCAGUGGGCUUAUUCCAAACAACAUUGGUAGCAUGAUGAAGUUAGAAUCUCUUGAUUUAUCCGGAAACGAGCUGACUGGAGGAAUCCCUCCAAGCAUGGCAGCUCUAACCUUUUUGAGCCGUUUGAAUUUGUCACAUAACAACUUGUCAGGACGAAUUCCAACAGGAAGGCAACUGCAGACCUUGAUUGAUCCAUCAAUAUAUGAAGGGAACAAAGAUCUGUGUGGACCUCCAUUUCCUAACAAGUGCUCAAAUCCAAGAGAAGACCCAACAACAACAACCACAAGAAAGAAGAAACACAAAACAGCUGAUGAGAAGAGCAAGGUAUGGUUGUUUUACAUGGACAUAACGAGUGGAUUUGCAACAGGGUUUUGGGGUGUUAUUGGACUUCUGUUGCUCAAGAAGCAUUGGAGACAGAAGCUUUUCAUUUUUUCUGAGGAAAUGAUGGACAAGAUAUAUGUUGCAGUAAUGGUAAGAGUUGCCAAGAUCAAGAGAUGA